AUGUUCGGCAAACUCCCCUCAGCAGCGCUGCUAGCACUCAGCCUAACAGCCCAGGCCACCCAAAUCUUCAGCAACACAGGCACAACCUCCGGCUGGGACUCCACCAACAAAGAACACUCCGGCACCGUGCAACAAGUGACGAACGUAGUCUACCAAGGCCCAACCGCCCUAAAGAUGACCCAAAUCUACGACUCCAGCUACACAGGCCGGUACCACUCGGAAGUGGUCAAAAACAACGUCUACAAACGGGGCGACACAGGCUUCUACGGCUUCGCCUUCCGCCUACAAGAAAACUGGCAAUUCUCCCCAGCCCAAUCAUACAACAUCGCCCAAUUCAUCGCCGACUUCAGCGAUACCGGCUGCGACGAUUACAUGCCCUCUAGCAUGGUCUGGCUUGUCGGUGACCAGCUCUACACGCGUGUUAAGCAGGGUAGUAUCUGCUCGCAGAAGACUGUGACUUUCCCCAGCCUGGCAACUAUCAGUGCCGGCGUCUGGCAUAAGGUCGAGAUCCAGGCUACUUGGAAGUCGGAUGGCACUGGUCAAUACAAACUGUGGUUGGAUGGAAAUAAGCUGUUGGAUAAGAGGGAGAUUGCGACUACCAUUGAUGAUGAUCGGGCUUUCCAGUUCCGCGUGGGCCUUUAUGCUAAUGGGUGGCAUGAUGAUAAGGGGAUGAAAGGCACUCAGGGCACUAGAUCAGUUUGGUAUGAUGAGAUUGCCGCUGGGACUGUGUUUGCCGAUGCAGAUCCUGACCAGUGGUGA